GCCAAACCCCCGCGCCACCGUCAGCGUUGCUUUGGACCUCCGCGCCGCUCCUGGCUACCACCACCCACACCCGUACCCACCCACCGAUAUGGCACCCCGCUCGCUUCGCUCGCCGCGACGACCGCAGACACAAAAACAAUAACAAAUCGAUUCGCGAGGGCAAUGGGAAGGGGUCAGCGAGAGGUAGGACGACGAAGAAGAGAGAAGAGAGGCAACGGAGAGGGACGGUGGCUGGUACUCUACCUCUGCUCUACGCGUAUGCAUCUCUUUCUCUCUGUUUCCCCUUGGACUCUCCCUUCUCGUCCUCCGGACUCCCGAGCAGAUCCCGCCGCUCUCUUUCCCUCGUUCCGCCCCGUCCCUCUUUCUGGAUAUUGUAUAGAAUGGAAUAUGGCAUCUGGAGUCUUCACGUUGCGGGCGAACUCUGGGGUGACCCGCGCCUCGCCCGAAGGCACCCGAUUCUGCCGCCGAGCGCGACGCAAUUGUUGCCGAGGGCCGGGUUCACCCUGAGCGGCCUCCACCUGCCGGACAUGGUACCGUUGCCGUUGACGUCCGUGGGAUCGCCGCCGUACGGUCCCAUGGAGCUGGUGACCAAACGGAACGGCGCCGAUGGGGAUACCGAGAACAACGAGGAGAACGAAGACGAGGAGAAACGCGACGACAACGAAGGGAACAUCGAACGCUCCGAUGAAAAUGAUAACCAGACUUCUAUCUCGAAAGAGAAUAACGAGAACGAGGACGGUGGGGAAGAAAGCGAUACCGGAAGUACCAAUAGCUCCCAUCGGUCGGCCAACAAUAACUUGCCGAUGAAACUACUCGACCCUAUGGCCUAUUUGACUUUUGAUAAGGAGGGUACAGUUAGUCCGGUAUUAAAUGGCUGGGUCCUCGGGGCUUACACCGCGAUGCUCGGCAGACUCUCAGCGGCGACUGCUGCCCUCGAAGCAAAAGAAUCCUCAAAUGUGCCGUCUGACAGCGACUCCGAGAGCGAGCAUUCAUCUUACACCGAAAAGUCUCGCGGUAGCAGUCCAAACGUUAACAACGCGUAUCGCGGUUACUCUUGCGGUUCCUGCGACAUGGUCGCGCCCACGAGGCCAGCGUUGCGGAAGCAUAUCGUCGAUUGCCAUCCACCUGUGGCCAGUGCAGAAACUGGGGAAACGAAAAGUUGUCCGUCCUCGGGUUGCAACUUUACUACAAACAGCAGAUGCGACAUGGAGACUCACGUGGCGGCGCACGUGGCACAAGGGAUGACGCCCACGGGAAAGAAACGGUCCCUGGCAUUGCAACGCGUCAGGUAUAGAUACGAAAGGGAAGAGUAUCGAUGCUCGUUGUGCUCGUACGCUUGCACAAUCGAGAAAGCGUUCCAGAGGCACCUGAGGGCACACGCGAAGGGUACGGCGCCGGAAACGAGGGUGAGCUGCGCCGUGUGCGGCGCGGACCGCUCGUCCGAGGUCGAUCUCAGCAGGCACAUGCGGAGGCAUCGCGACGACCGCUACUUCUGCUGCGACAUUUGCAUCUUCCGCACCGUGCAAUUGAAAAAGCUCAUCCAGCAUCGACGUAUGCACACGGGCGAGAAGCCGCACCUCUGUCCGCACUGUGCGUACAGGAGCGCGAGACGCGAUAACCUGCGUAGCCACGUAAGACGGGUGCAUAAGAAGGAGAACCUGUACUGCGACACGUUCAGUCCGCGGGGUAUGCUGCUGACGCCGACGGUGGUCGUCGACAGGGACACGCAGAGUCCGGAAUCCUCGCCGUCCUCUAACUCAGAGUCAACGAACUAGCGAAACAACGAAGGAUGAAAUGAAGAGACUCGAAGUCGAGGGGUUCGUCAUCGUCGUCGUUUUACACGUCCGAAAUUUGUCAAUGCGUUCUGCGAAUUUAUGCGGGAGGAGAUUUUAUUAUACAUAUAUUAUGUAUACAUCGUCAACGCACGUCGCGUUGUCAUUAUUCGAGCUGUCAAUUAAAAUGAUUGUUCUUUCUGUUUUAAGAAAUUCCAAGCUAAUUCGUUUUGAAGAUUGGCGUCGAUGAUAAACAAUGUCCGUGACGAAACGUCAUGGACAAGACCAGUGACGAUGAAGCUAUAUACGUACACAGUCAGAAGUUGUAGAAUUAUCAUUUAUCGAAUAGAACGAACUUGAAAUUCGAAAAUGUUUUCCACGCUCUUUUGGGAGGAGACAGCUCGACUACAAAGUAAUAUACGAUUCUCUAAUUAUAGAUUACGAAACGAAGUAUACGAGUAUAAUAGAAACGGUGGCGAAGGUGCGUCGAAGAAAGUACAUAAUUACGAUAACGGAGUCCAACUUCUGGCUAACCAUGAUAAACUUUGUCCUUAAUCAAUAACAAUUAUGUAUGUAGAGCAUUGCAUGCGAACGUCGAUAAAUUCAAUUUAAUCUUCGAAUUCUAAUGUGAAAUUCUUAUCGUUAGCCGAUUUAAUUAUCGCCUCCUCUUCGUCCUUCGGGACGUUGAGGGACCAUACACGAAGCUGCGCAUUGGUGCUAGAAACUGUAGACUGGAUUUAUAGAGGAAGACUGAAAAGUAGAGAAGGAGCUUUCACGGUAUGACGUUUUAUGUUAGUUUACGCCGUGAUGCUAGCAAGGAAUUAGCAAUUAAUUAAGACUGUUCUCCUGCACUGAUGGUCAAGGGACUCUCGCGUUAGAUAUUUAUAUUUCAGUUAGAUAUCUUAGAAUAUGCAAUGGAAACAGCUUUCCGAACGUUGAACAUGUCGACAGGGUAGAAAUGUUUAGCUAUAUGCCAUUUCUUUCUCACAGCACAAUAUUGAUUAGCAACGAGUGAUUUUGAAGUCGUCGAAAUCCCAUUAGGAGAAAGAAACAGCACGUAGAUAAACUAUAUCUAUCGUUUACGGGUUUGUCUACACUUUCGACAGGUAGAAGCUGUCUUCAUUAGCAUAUGCCCUGCAGAUAUCGUUGUAUAAAAUUAAAAAGAAGAAUAUGAUAGAUAUAAGUAUUCUGGAAUUUUGUCUGAUAAAUCUAUCAGAGAUGUUUCUGUAUGAUACCUGAUUUGAAUUAACUGUAUAGACUGCGUAACGCGAGGUCUCCAGCCGCUGGGAAAGGUGCUAUUUUGCAAAGAUAAUUUUACUAUCGCGUUUUUCCAUGUUCUGGCUCCAACUUCGAUUAUGAUUGUCCAGCUACGUAAUUAUAAUUGUUAACUAUCUACACACUGUUAUUAUUACUACCGCUAUUAUUAAUAUUUAAAUUGUAAAUGCGAAUGUGGUACUAUUCUUAAUACGAAAUCAGAUAGAUGAAAGCAGAGAUGCUGCGUGAUGUGCUCAUCGAUCGACGAAGGGCUGCUGGUCGCGAGAAAUUUUUAUCGAAUUUCAUAGACAGAUAACGAUAAGCGUCUUCUGUCGCUGAUCGAUAUUACAAUACGUGUGCGUUCGCUUAAAAAAAAAAAGUUGCGUGAACGAACGAAGGAAAAUGGACACAGGCAGCGGCAACGUCGUUCGAACAAUUUUUCUCUUCGCGCGUUUUAAAUAAAUAGCUAAGGAAUCGUAACAGGCGUGCAUCGAGCGCAGAAGUGCAGGAUUUUCCAACGAAGCUAUAAAAUAUGCAAGCAAACUCUUAUGUGUCUCCACGUGUAUCUAACUCUUAAGUCCGAAGGUAUAAUGGUAGUUUCAAAACGCAAACGCUACUAAUGAUCGUCGUCCAUAAUAAGCAACGUCCACCGACGUUCUUGAGGAGAACGUCGGAUCUGCUCCGUUCUUAGAUCGACGCCAAAUAGAAUCAUCGAUCGCAGGUUUUUCACUCUUUAGGAUCAGAGACCGUCCCCAUCCCUACGAAAAAAGAUUCGAUUGUGUCAUACAUUUUCUGCGGUGAAAACGAGAUGAGGGGAUGGCGAUAACGCAAAGCCCAAUAUAUAUGGUAUAAAUGUGUGUCAAUUUUUAAUGUAUCAUAACUACGUUCUAGUCGGUAACGGUUUUUAAGGGGAAAUAUAGCGAGCCAUGGGAAGAGGAUCUAUGUUCUUCUGCGAUUAUUAAAUACGAUUUUUUCGCGUCCGAGACAGCAGCAUUUCGCGUUGAAAAAGAAUAGAUAGACGAAAGAAUAAUCGAUAAAGAAAAUGAAUAUGAACGCACUAGUUAUUUUCCAUUCGUGAAAACUUUGAUAAUUCUUGAGAGAAUGAACAACUGUUUCGAUUGUUCUAAUUUAAUUAUUUAAUUAUUUUAUUGUCAUUUAACAGAACCCACAGAAUUGCUCCUAUAGAACAAGCCUAAUAACGCGUCAACCAAAACUAUUAUUUAUCAAUGUUGAUAUAAAACGUAGUAAGAAUGAAUUUAUUUAAUCGCUAACAAAUUCCCAAUUGAUCAAUUGGGAAUCUUUCUUCAAUUGCCAGAGUGUCACAGCUUGUGACGAAUUUUUGUUGACGUCCAAAACGAUCUUCUCCAGUCCUUUAAGGAAUUUUACUUGAUAAUUGAAUUAACGAUAAGAUUUAGCUAAAAUUUUACAUAGGCUUUCGUUUGCAUAUAAGAAGGUUUGUGUAAAAAUUUCAAGGGCCUUCAUUGAUUUAUAACCGAGUUAUAACGUUUUCUAUUAACUUUCUUUUAUUGCGAGUAUCAGAAGUGAUGAAUGAUUAUUUUAAAAAUACUUAUG